AGGAGGAAAAAAUGAAAGCCAACGCCCCGUUCUUCCUCAGAUUUCGUUCUAACUGCUUGACAUUCACUUUGGGGGAGGUAAAUAGUCGGAGUCAAAGUCUGGCGCUCAGUAAGUCGUGCCUUAAACUUUGGUUCGGCAAAGUUAGCUUUGCAAGUUUCUUUUCCUUUACGUAAAAAGAGGCGUGUUUAUACGAUAUAGUAUCGUAUAUUUUUAAAACGGGUUAAUUACGUUUUCAUUGUAACCUUGUCGGACGUAUCCAAGGAGUAGGAAACAAAGUUGCGACUGAAGCAUUUUGUUAUUCAUAGAGAAACUUUGAAUCAUGGCAGACUCAGGUGGAAGCCCAGCCGCGAACUUUUUUGAAAAGCUUAAGGCAUAUGUACGGACUCCGAAAGGAACUAUUCUGGCAGCAGAAAUUUUGAUCAGCUUCAUCAUCAUCAUCUGCUAUGCAGCUUCGCUGUACAGUGGCUACUCCUCUGUGGCCGUCUGUGAGAUGGUUUUUGCCAUCAUCUUCAUGGUGGUCUUCACGAUGGAGCUGGACAAGCAGUUCCAAAUAAUUAGCUGGCCCUGGUCUGACUUAAUCCGCGCUGCUAUUGGUGCACUCCUUUACCUGAUCACCUCUAUCAUCUGUCUGAUUGGUGGAGGGGGAGAUGGAGCGCGCAUUGCUGGUGGGGUGUUUGGUUUGCUGGCUGGCGUCCUGUUUGGUUAUGAUUCCUACACCAUCUACAUGCAGAUCAAGAGUGGCGGACAUACUGCUGCCCCGACAGAUGAGGGAGUGUAAAUGAGGUUGCCCAGCAAUAACUACAUCAAGAAGGAGGGAAUAAUGAACAACUACAAAAGUGAAGUGCACAGAAGAGAAAGAGAAAUCAAGGAUGGCAGGAGGAUCUGUAACAUGUGUACCCUCAGAAGACCAGUAAAUAUUAUAAGUAAAUCACAUUCACUAAAAACACGGAGAUGGAGCACCAUAUUAUAAAUAAGAGCCUAACCCCUCAUCCAUAUAUUUGGUAAGUAAAGAAAGGAUCCUGACCUGGAACAUAGUCAUCAUGUGGGAGGAUCAAGAUAAUUAUGAUGAUCCUCCUUUGAGAUUUUGAAGUAAAUUGCACCAGUGUUUUUCCAAGUUAUGUGAGCGGGGACACACAUACACAUACACACAAACACACAGAUGGACGGACCCGAUUACAAUGACAACCAAGUCAUAACACCGAUCACAGUUUAUGACCAGUGGCACAUGUGAAAGAAGACAAGAAAGAUAGCAACGAAUAGAGCCUACAAAUAUAGGAAACGAGCCUCAGAGACAGGAGUCAUUCAGUUAACUGUGUGUCCCUUUUCACAGCCCCAGACCCCCAGACCUGGUCUACUCUUGUGAAAGGGAAAGUUGUAAAUAUUGCACACAAACAAGUACAACCUGUUCAUGCUAUCUUCAUUUGGUGCUAUUUUAGUUUUCAAUAAAGCAGACACUGCCUCUCAGGGUUGGUGUCACUGACAUUUGGAGGGUUACUUCAGCAUUUAGCAUAAUGUCAUUUUAUUUUCUAUUUGCACAUUAACAAAAGAAUGGUAACAGAUAAUGUGAUGUCUACCAGUCUUAGUGCAACUCCACUGAACCCGAGCAUGCAGCCACUUACUUAGGCAUAGAGUAGCCCCAUAACCUUUAAAUUUUGACCAUUUUGACCAGCUUUGUGGAUGACAUGGCAAGCAAUAAAGUAAAACUUAACUGUAUAGAGUAUUGCUGUGAUAUUCAUGUAAUAUUGCUCUCAAAAUGUUUUUUGUAUGUCACCUCAGAGUGUACACCUGUUGUUGUUUUUUUUUUCCUAAAACUUGAAUUUGUGAGAAUUGAAUACAUAUUUCUUUAGCAGAAGGAAGGGAAAAACUAAUUUGGUGUUUUGAAUGUGUUUGCGUAAUCGUAUAAUUAUUUCCUUGUGUCUUCACAGAUUAUGAAACAGUUAGUUGCGUAACUGUAGUAGGCUACAUGUUCUUUGGUUCCUUCUGUUCCUCCUGAUAACAUUUUUGCCAUUCUACAGUGACUAUACAGCACCUGUUUCUGUUAUUUUAAUACGCAGUGUUUUAUUUUUAAGAGGAUGGAUAAUUAUUUUAUUUUAUUUGGAAACCUGCAAUUUGCUAAUGACACUUUGUAUAUUGUCAUUCCAUUUUGCUAACAAUUGAGAGUGUUAUGUGAGAACAGCAGCUUUCAGGCCAUAAUCGUAAACUGUUUUUGUUUUUUUCAAAUGAUGCCAACUCAGGAUAUACCAUUUCCCCCUCAUUUUUUACAAGGUUGAUAAGUAAUAUAAAAGAUGAGGCAGAUUGUGAUGUGUCCAUGUGUUUAUUUUUAGAAGGUAAAUGUGUUGUGAAUGCAGUAGAUUGUUGUCUGAUAAUACAUGUGGCUGUUGCCUUUAUUGUUUGUGCUGUGUAGACUUCAUUAAAAUACUUGUAACUAAAUUAA